GAAAUCCGUUAGGAACUGCGCUUUCGCUCCAACUUCAUUGGGCCUCACCUGUCCAGAAUCCGCGAUUUCGUUACCCGCAGCGCUCGCUGGUCGAAAACUGCUUUGCUAUAUCAUGACAACAUCUUUCUAGUGGUCUGCCGACAACAAUGGCGAGUCCCGCUGCCGGCUCCUUGAGCCCUCCCCCUCGACCCUACCGACGGUUCCUGACCUCCGCCCUCCAUAAACGAUUUGUGCAUGCUGCAUUGAUCUCACUCCUCGUCGCCCUCAAUAAUGCUUUUUGGCUCGGUUCGAAGAAAGACAUAAUCUGGUCAUGGUUCCCUUUCGGACCUGCUGGAAUCAAGGCGUUGCUGUUUUUCAUGUCCAGCCUAUUCGUCUUCAUCCUCCAGAUAGCCACCCUCAACAUCGGCAGACAGACGGCAUUUUCCCCUUUUGCGGCAUUCAGAACCAACUUCCUUAGUGUAUCAGCUGUGCAGACGUUGUUCUGGUACUUGGUCUCGGGAUGGUGGUUCACUGAAGCUUACAUUUGGUCCUCCCCAGAACUUGGCUGGAUCACAAGGGGGAACCACAACACUCCCGACGUUCUGAAUGAGAGACCUAUAUUCUUCCGUCUUUACGCCUUACUUCUCGCAAUCGCAUAUGCAGGGUUCCAUCUAUAUCGAGGAAACUCAACACUCAUCAUCCCCGUCUCGAAACUACCAAGCACACCGAACCCGGAUAUCAAAGCACAGGAAACCCACCCGGUCGAGCCUAUUCAGACACGACUACAACGCAAGUUGCUGCCUUUACUCAUGGAAAGUACCCUCAUACCAGCAGCCGUGAUCGUCGCGGCCCCUUUCAUUUACGGCAUCUUCCUACGAAAUAUCUUCUGGCAGCUACAUCUUGCCAUGGCAAAACCGUUCUUCAACCUAUCAAGAGCAAACGCCCGACCGGUAGGGUAUCCUCCUCUACGGCCUUUGUAUCUUCUCCGAUGCUUCGGUGCCGGAUUUCUUCUCAUUCUAACAUGGGAUCUAACCUCGAUCCUCUUUUUGAUUUACCUCAAUCAGCAACCUACAAAGUCUGGGUUGCCACUUUCCGCUUCAAGCAAAGAUCCCAACGGAACACUUCUCAACGGGUUAAAAGCCAAACGAGAUGUCGUGAGAACUUUUGCCUUUUGGGAGCUAGCUAUCAUUGCCUCCAAACAUAAGGAACGAAGGAAGGCUAUUUUUGAAGAUAUUGAAAGACCCACUGGGCCAAUGUGGAGCCAAAUGGUACAAGCUGGUUUGAAAAUCUUGCAAGAAGUGCAAACUCGCAUUGUUGGACCUCCACCAGCAGCGCCACAGCCUAGCGUUGCGGACCACAUCAAAUCCCUACCGCGCAUUGUCCCCGAAGUACCGACUCAAUCGAUCUUCCAAGCAAGCCCGAAACCAGGCGUGGGUGAGAGGCUGCUGGCGAGUCCGCUGCGACAAAUUGGCAGUAGUCAACAGCCCUGGCACCCGCCUAUCGAGCAGACGGCCAAAUCGGUCGAAACAAAAUUGCUCGAGUACGCGAAGCCGCCAGGUACAACUCAAACACCAACCAAAAGUCUUGCAGAGCAAUGGAUGACUGCUCUAAAGCAAAGUCGUGUCGGCUGGUUCUUCGCCCCUACAAAUGCCGCCAGAAUCAACGCCGUGGUGCUCGGGUCCCCCUAUGGGAACGCGGCAUUGAUUGUUGAUGUAAUUGAGUCGGUAACCAAAAUUCAGGUUGCUAGUCUCACUGAAGAUACCUACGGCAAAGCUACUCCAACGGUGCCGGACACUGUUAGAACAUUUACCAAAACCUUGAACAUAAUCGAGGACCAUGUAUCAAAACACAAGCAAGGUGUCACAGGUGAAAUCGAAGAAGUUGAGAUCAUCAUCGCAAGAUUAAGGGCCGGGCUGAAGGAGUUGUUGUCUGCUUUUCAGGUAUACUUGAUUGAUCAAGGCUUGGGUAUCGCCGACCUCAAUCAGGCAAAAAGGGCGGUCCAGGCACCAGGGCCCGACGAAGUGCAGGAAAAGCCCAAGGCCAAGGCCGUCGAGCAGCCAACGCAGAGGCGGCUCUUCCAGAAAGACGCGCAGAAAAAAGGUACAAAGGACAGGCAGCGGAUAUCAGAGGAUCAGAUCCCGAGAUUAGAGCCUUCGGAAUGGUCUGGAUCCAAUCCUCCAAAUGGCCGUCUGUUCCAGAGAAGAGAAAUGGAACAAGCCAGGUAGCACCAGAAAAUCGAGUUAGAUCAAGGACUUAUUAUCCACGGCGCUUGGUUUCAUGAAGCCACGGGCUCCCUGGAAAUCCAACCCUUCACUUCGGGCGCCUCUCUUUUUCUCUGACUUUCCUGCUGGCUAUCCCAGAACACACCUUCUGCUCCAGGAGGUCUUCCUUGCCCGUCUCUAUCGUACGUACUCUCUUCAACCUGGCCCUCCAUUUCACCCUUUUUGGCCACCUCCCAGACGUCCUCUCUGGCUCUUUCGCAGGCCUG